CUCCUCUUAGGUAAAUAUAUCCAUGCACAUAUCCACAUAUUGCACAGAUACAUUUUCACAUACGCAUGUCUGUUACUGUUAGUGCAAAAAUGGAAGGAGGAAAAGUUAGCAGAGUGAAAGUGCACUCACUACUGAGCGUGGUGUCCGGCAGCCCGGUUGCGCCGGGUAAGGUUCACAUAUUGUCUCCGUUGGAUCGGGCGAUGGGGCACCAUACUAUCCAUAUUGUGUUCUACUAUGAAUCCAACCCGUUCAAGGAUGGACCGUUCCCGUUGGACAUAGACAAUCUUCGGGUUUCUUUAUCUAAAUUGUUGGACGAGUACCCGAUAGUAACGGGUCGGUUGACCCGAGGGGCCGAAGGUGGUUGGCAAGUCAGGUGCAAUGAUGCUGGGGUCCGGAUACUCCAAGCCACGGUGAACACCUCAAUGGAUGAAUGGCUGAGAUCUGCGGAUGCGUCUGAGGAGCGGGAUCUGACGUUGUGGGAGGACAUGCCCCAAGACCCGAGCUAUUGGUCUCCAUUUCGGAUCCAGAUAAACAAUUUCGAAUGCGGGGCCUUAGCCAUUGGGUUGAGCUGCACUCACAUGCAUGCAGAUAUGACAAGUGCCACUAUGCUUAUCAAGUCAUGGACAGAGGUUCAUUCUGGCCAGCCCCUCACCCAUUCUCCCAUUUUCAAUCUUCCCCCACCCCCAUCCUCUCACGGCAACUUCGUCCCAUCGUUCACUGCAUUGCACAGUCCUAUUACUCCGGCAAACAUGGGCACCGUUACGAUGAAAUUUUCCGGUUCGGUGAUUGAGAACUGCCUAUUACAAGUCCAAAGCCAGUGCCCGGAUGCCACUCCCUUUGACGUCUUGGUGGCUAUCUUCUGGUCACGCAUUGCACGGUGGCAAGAACCAUCUUUCAACAAUCACAAAUGCUCUCUUUCUAUAUGUGUUGACUCGAGAAGUGCAGGGCAUCCCGAGGUGCCUUUUGGCUAUUUCGGGAACGCCCUGCAUUUUUCGGUACUAUAUGUGGAUGCUGACAAGUUGCUGAGCUGUGGAUUAGGCCAAGUAUCUCAGUAUGUCCACAGUCAUGUUGCAAAGGCCAGGGCUGACGAGUUUUGGUCAGUUAUGCGUUGGUUGGAUGAGCAUAGCAACGAAGGAGAAGGGCCCUUUACCAUAUACGGCCCUCGGCUGACGUGCAUUAACAUGGAACAUAUGGCUGUUGCGGAGAAUGGGACGGCACUUAUGUAUGCUGCGUCGUUUAAAAAGGGGGAAAGGCCUAUCCAUGUGAGCUAUCAUGUGGGGAAAGUAGAGGGACAAGGGCUGAUUAUGGUGAUGCCUUCGGCAGAGGGUGGGCUUGCACGGACCGUCACGGUCAUGCUGCCGGAAGAGGAGAUUACUAACAUAUGCAAGGAUCAAACAAUACUAGAUUUGGAGCCCAAGAUGAUCGUCAGUGGGAAGAGAUAAAGCAUUUUUCUCAAUUCAUAUUUCUCGGCGCAUUUUGAUUGAAUUGUUGUACCGUUUUCUGAUUACAUGUUGUGGAGGUAAAUGCUUUUGCCAAACCAAAAGUAGUGACCUUUCUGCUGAAAGAUAAUCCGAGGAUAUCACUCGUAUUGAAAGAUUUUUUUAUGGUA